UAUUUUAUAUUAUGUAUAUUAUAAAUUUUGAAUACUUUAGUAAUAGCCGCAUAAAUAUCGGAAUGCAACUUAUAUUGUAGAAUGCUGUAUAAAAAGUAGAAACUGAUAAAAGUUCCAUAAUUAUACUUAUCAAAAAUUAUUUUUUAUCUAUCAAAGGUAUAAUAAUAUCAAUUUCUUUAUUUUGUUUUACUUCCAGAUUGGUCGAUGUUAUUUUGACUCCUUGAUUAACAUCUACAGUAAUAUUUCAUUAUAUAAAAAUAUAUCAUUAAUAAUGAAACAUCUUAAACAAUCCAUAGACACUAAUUUUUGUAGCCGUCGUGCUUUUCGCCACAUUUCUUCUCGUCAACGUCAACGAAUUGUAGCUGAGUUGACACGUAAUCGCGUCGAAGCAUCAAAUAAUUCAUUAUGCAGUUGUAACAAAACUCUCGAACUUAAGGAUUCUGUUAAUCAUUUUAUUCCAAUUAACAAUUCAGUAACUAAAGAACAGUCGGAUGAUUCAAAUUUAGAGUUAAACUCUAAUGUAAUUAAUUUAGAAGUUCAGAAUGUUUUAAGUGAGAAUGAAGAAAGUUUUUUAGAUACUAGUACAACCUAUGUUAGUGACAAUGAUGAAUACAAUGAAUAUGAGGAUAAUGUAGUAAACUAUGCAUCUACAUUCACUGAAAAACUUGCAACUUGUUUUAUACAAAGUGGUAUUAAUCAUGUACAAGGAAAUAUGAUUUUAAACACGUUACGCUGCCAUAAUUGUUUCUCAAAUCUCCCGAAAGAUGUAAGAACUUUAUUAAAACUCUUCGCAAAUCCAUUAUAUUAAGAAAUGUUCCUCCUGGCGAAUAUCUUCAUAUAGGUUUUGUAGCAGGAAUAACCAACAGUCUUUGGAAUGUUUCACGAGCUAUGAUUCCUCAAAGUUUAGAAAUAGACUUUAGUACCGAUGGUGCUAUCUUAGACAAGUCAGGUCAAAUCCAAAUUUGGCCAAUCCAAUGUAAAAUUGCCAACAUUUCCGGUAGUAUGCCCGAAAUUAUCGGUAUUUAUCGAGGAAAACGUAAACCUUUUAGUGCUUUCGAGUUUUUUAAAGACUUUAUUGAUGAAGUGAAUUUAGUGAUCACAGAGGGGGGAAUAAUGUUUGAAGGUAAUAGAUUAUCUAUUGUUCUCAGAUGCUUCAUAGCCGAUGCUCCAGCCCGAGCAUUUGUUCUAAAUCACAAAGGUCAUACAUCUUUCCAUCCAUGUUCGAAAUGUAAAGUGUCCGGCGAAUUUUAUGAGCGACGACCUGUAUUUCUCGGAAUUGAUCAUAUUGUUCGUACAGAUGAAGAAUAUGCUAAACGACAGGAUAAAGAUCAUUAUAAACAAGGAAACUCUCCACUAUCACACCUUCCAAUUGAUUGGAUAAAAUGAAACGAACAAUGCGAAAUAUAAAGCAGCCAACGCGUUUUGCAGAUAUGGUUCCAUUUGACACCUCCUCAUCUGAGAACGAGCCACCUAUCAAUCGAAGGCGUUUGUUAAAUGAUUCAGGAUCUAUUAAAGAUGAUAUUGAACAACUCAAAUCAACAUUGACUACUUGUUCUAAAAAAGAACGACCGAAACAAGAUAAACAUGUCCGAAACACAUUCACGUCAAAACACUCUUUCUCACAACCUUUACUAAAAAAGAAUACCUUCUCUCAUAAGAAAUUUCCUUUAACUAAUAAAUCAUUUUCACAAGAGAACCAUUCUCUAAUUCCACAUUCUCCAUCUGUCUGUGCUGUUAAUGUAGAGUCACGCAAUCAACGCUCUGUGCAUCCACAUUCAUCACCAAAUCGUACUACCCAUGUAUACAGGAACUGCUCUGUAACUCCGCAGUCUCCAUCUAGCAAUACUGCCCACGUAGAUUCUCGCAGUAAGCGUUCUCUGAGUCCACAAUUAUUACUCGACCACAUUACCCAUAUAGAUUCUGACAGCAAUCACUCAGUGACUUCACAUUCACCACUAAAUCAUACUACCUAUGUAGAUGUUCACAGGAACCGUUCUGUAACUCCACAUUCUCCAUCUGACCAUACUGCCCACGUAGAUUCUCGCAGUAAGCGUUCUCUGAGUCCACAGUUAUUACCCGACCAUAUUACUCAUAUAGAUUCUGAAAGCAAUCAUUCAGUGACUUCACAUUCAUCACCAAAUCAUACUACCUAUGUAGAUGUUUACAGGAACCGUUCUGUAACUCCACAUUCUCCAUCUGGCCAUACUGUCCACGUAGAUUCUCACAGUAAGCGCUUUCUAAGUCCACAUUCAUCACCCAAUCGCAUUACUCAGAUAGAUUAUCACACCAAUCGCUCAGUGACUCCACAUUCUUCACCUGCCCGCACUUCCCAACUAGAUUCUCAUAGUAAUCGCUCUUUGAAUUCACAUUCAUCACAGGACCGCAUUGCCCAAAUAGAUUCUCAAAGCAGUUGCUCAGAAACUCAACAAUUGUCAACAAACCGUAUUGCUCAUGCAGAGUCUCACAUUAACCGUUCUCCCUCUCUUUUAUUUGUUCAACGUAAAUACCAAACAUCACACUAUUACUCUAAUAAGCAUUCCACUCAUUCAUCUGUACAAACAAAACAUAUAAGUGAUUUAGACUCUCACCAUAAUCACAAACGAUCCAUUUGUCAUGACAAAUUCUCUGCACACGACCACCAGUUAUGCGGAAGUGAUUUAAAAACUUGUAUCCACAAAAAUACGAACAAUAUUUCACGUCCGUUACAAUGUACAAUAUCAUCAAAAAAUUCAUUAAACGAUGAUCUGUCUCUAAUUCGAAGCGAUAUUUGGUAUGAAGAAUAUAUAAGUUUGAAGAUACACAUACAUACAUACUGUAACCGCCGCUCGCGAGCGACGGCCAACUUCGCCUCAGCCCCUGGUCGCGGCCCUGAGCCGCCCGGGUGUCGGGGCGACUAUCUUCGCGAAAUUUCCCGACGUCACACUAAGUUGGGCGCCAGGUACGUUAAGCGUACCACUUUGUGUGAACCAACUCGCAAACAAAUGUUACAAUACUUGAAUCUCGGGAAAGACGGGCGCACGCUAGGCGACCGGGGCGUUAGCGGCUCCGAGAUCCAGCUGCUCAGCCCUCAAAUGGCAGAGGGGGAGGUUGGGUGCGGGCGGAUGGAAUCGGGAAGGCGAGAGAAUUACAUACACGACACAAAUGUAACAGAAAAAGUAACAGUUGUAUUUGACCGUAAGAAUUACAGUAGAUGACGACUCUGCGGAGCGGUGGCGGCUCGCGCGCGUUACCAGCUGACAUCCGCUGGGUAUCAAAUGGUGCGAGAACGGUAUAUUGAACGAGCGGGUUAUGAUGCGUACGCGGGAACUCUCCGACUUGUCUUACGCUUAACCCGGCGUCGCUGGAGGACGCCGACUCCCGCCAGGAUGACCUCGCCAAGGGCGAACGGGACGGAUCGCAACUCCGAGCCCGCGCGACACGCGACGGACUCGUGUUCUCCCGUGCUCCCACGAUUCUUGCGAAGGAUAAGCGCGACAAUUAUUAAUUAUUUGCCAGUCCGGUGGUAUGAGACGAUUGCGUCGAUAAUAAUCAGAGUACGCUCACCGAAGAACUCGCAAUAACAAUGCGAUCGACCAAAUUAUACAACAAUAACGACUGAAUUCUUAUACGACGCGACAAGAUACAGCACGGGAAUAACCCGCGACACGACGACCGGACGAAACGACAAUUGACUCGGCUGCGGAUCGGGACGCACACGCAACGCGAAACUAUCAUGAAAUACACAGCACGCAGCGAAAUCACGCGGACGGGCGCGAUCGGGCGAGACGACGAGGCCCCGUUGAAUCCGCGAGCUCGGGAUUCUCAUAAACACGCCGAAAGAUUUUGCGAUAAGUACGCGAUUUCCUCGCGGCUCGCCCAACCCGCGAAAUCGGUGGCUUUACAGUAUGUGUGACGCUCGUCUCACCACUUCGCCUCUCUCCUGCUGGCCUCCUCCGGGUCGGGAUGACUUUCGUCCCUACGUCCUUCCUUACAACUUGGCUCGGGAACUCGGGACACACACACAGUUUUUAUCUCUACGUCCGCAGCACGAGUGAGGAAUCCUGGAUCUCGCGGGAGCCGCUCGGCGGCGCGCCCUACCCUGCCUCCGGCGCUAUAGGCCCUUAUUGGCUGAUUUCGCGAAAAUCGAUUUUCGCGCAGAGCGCGGUGCCCACGCUGUCGCCGGCUGAUCGAUCCACGCACGGCGGUCGAUGAUUAUGGGCCCCGGGCACGGGAAUCCUGGCGCUUUCUCGCGCGCCCGACUCUUUUCUCCUCGCCCGGCGUAUCCUCCGCCAUCGGGGCGUCAUUUCCUCCUCGACGGGGCGUCGGCGUAUCUUGAGUUGUCGUGAUUCUUCCGCCGGACUUCCCGCGGUAUCGGGUCUGCAAUUGCCCCGUCGGGAUGUCGGCAUCGCGCGCCGUCGCUGGGUCCUGAAAGCGUGAUUCAGCGGCAGUAUCGGAAUUCUUACAUGGCACAAACGGUAGGCAAGAUAAGGGCGGCAUUACCUGCGGACCCCCGCUUAAAAGGGUCUUCUUUGACUCCCUCGUUGCCCGUUCCUCUGCAAUCUCCGGGAAGAUUUUCCGUUGAGACGAGACGUCCGACAACUACAACGAGAUCUUCAUAGCCACCGAUCUCCGCCGCACCCGCGGUAUAACGCUCGCAAAAAUCUUAACAAGUAAUUAGAUGGACAGCACGUGGGACGUCACACACACAAAGUACAAGAGAAUACGCUUUUGCGUCCGCUCCCGAGCGGGAGGACGCAGGGCCCGCGGGAUG